AUGUCUUCAGAUGAUCAGCCCAAGCGCAAGGCCUCUGAUGCGCCUGUGUCUCCUCCGCCCAUCAAGCGCAAAGUCCAGAGCGGCACAACCAAGACUGCUAUAGCAAACUUCUUUACGCCGACGUCACAGAAGCCCAAGGACCCUAUUGUCUGGUCUGAACGAAGCCCCAACAAUAACGAUGACAUCCCCGGGACACUCCUCGUCGGUCGAUUCGAACCCGAGAAGAAAGAAGACAGAAAAGUAAAGAGGAGGAAGAUAGCCGCUUUUGAUCUCGACUCAACCCUCAUCUCUACCUCAUCAGGGAAGAAACACGCCAGCAGCGGUACCGAUUGGAAAUGGUGGCACAACUCCGUCCCCACCAAACUACGGGAGCUGUAUCAAGAUGGGUACCGGGUCGUGAUCCUAUCGAACCAGGCCGGAUUGACAUUACACUUUGAUGCAAAGCACAAGGGACCCAAGGCCAAUGCGCAGAAACGAGUUUCCGAGUUCAAGCAAAAGUGUAGCGCCGUCCUCAAUAGUCUCAACCUUCCGACCUGCGUCUACGCGGCGACCGAGCACGAUAUAUAUCGAAAGCCGAGGAUUGGUAUGUGGAAAGAGGUCUGCGACGACUACGACAUCCCGGAGACCGAAGUCGAUUUGGAGAACAGCGUCUUUGUCGGCGAUGCAGGGGGUCGCACGGCGGGCAUAGGCAAAGGCCCGGGCGGGGUCGCGGCCAUGUCGAAAGAUUUUAGCUGCUCGGAUCGGAACUUUGCCCACAACGCGGGAAUCAAGUUCAUGACGCCGGAGGAGUUCUUUCUGGGCGAGAAAGCUCGGAGUUAUGCUCGUGAAUUCGACCUGGCCGAGCAUCCUUUCAGCGACGAUGCCUCAUCGGGGAACUCCGUUGUGACUCUGGACAGAACUAACGACCAGGACAUUAUCUUAUUCUGUGGGCCGCCCGGGGCUGGUAAAAGCACGCUUUACUGGAAAUCCCUCAAGCCUUUGGGGUAUGCGCGUAUCAACCAGGACCUGCUCAAGACUCGCGACAAGUGCGUUCAAGCGGCGAAAGAGCAUCUCCAAGAGGGAACAUCGGUCGCGAUAGACAACACAAACGCCGAUCCAGCGACCAGGACGGUUUGGGUAGAGCUUGCCAAGGAAUUCGGCAUUUCUAUCCGUUGCGUGUGGUUCAAGACGCCUCUCCAAGUGUGCGAGCACAACAACGCGGUGCGGGCGCUGAACGAGUCGUUGAACCCCGAAUCGAGGCUUGUGCUGCCUAAAAUGGCAUUUACGAGUUUCGCAAACCGUUUCAAGCCACCAAGUGUCAAAGAAGGUUUCCAGGACAUUAUCGAGGUUCAGUUUCAGUUUCGUGGUACGGAGGAAGAGUAUCGCAUCUGGGGCCGAUACUGGACCUGA